ACACAUCUUCGUAACGUUAUUUUGCCGAAUGAACCUUCCGUAUAGACGUAUUUACGUCAAAAAAACUCAUUACUUACGAAUAUAAGCAGUGAACGGAGACGAACAUAACAUGAUAAUUUCUGAUAAGGGGUUUCGUAUCACAAGCGUCACAAGUGUUAAGCAGUUAAUCUGUCUUCGUAUUGAGGCACGCAAGUGUUAUUCAAGAUGGAAGGCCAACGUCAACUUCCAACCCGUUUCUUACAUAAAGUGCUAGAAGAAAUUGUAGAAGAAGCAGGGCUAGCAAACACACGAAUAGAAAUUGAAUCGGGGUCUAGCAGGGGUGACAACUAUCUGAGUGUUAUUUACAGAGUAAAAGUGAGCGGUCAAAGAGCUAACGCAGGUUGUGAACUGAAGCAGGAUGGGGUAAACUUCAUAUUCAAAUGCCUGCCCGAAUCGAAAGUACGCCGGGAAGAAAUGAAAACAAGCAAUUAUUUCAACAAUGAAGCGAAUUUCUACAACAAGGUGCUUCCAGAGUUUCUCUCACUUCAACGUGAACGGGGAGUACCUGUUCAGGACACGUUCUGCUGCACUGCCAAAUGCUACCGAGCGCUGAACACCGACACAACAAAAGAUAUAAAAGGUGCAGAGGAAGUAUUAGUACUGGAAGAUAUGCAACAGCAAGGGUAUAUGAUGUUGGACCGGUACACCGGUUUAGAUGUAACACACUGCCAACUGGUGUUGGAUCAGCUUGCAAAGCUGCACGCCUUCUCCUUUGCCAUGCGUGACCAGAAACCAGAGCAAUUCAACGGUUUAAAGGACAGCGUAUCUGAAACGCUGUACGAGGAGACACGACUAAAAGGUUUACAGGAGUACGUAGCAAGCUUGGAGCCUCUUAUAGACGAAGCACUGAUGACCAGAGUGCCUGGUGUCAGCAAAUAUAAACAGCGUGCGAGUGACUUCAUUCACAACUACUACAAUACCAUGCUAAAGUGCGUGGACGGAGCAGAAGCAGAACCGUACGCAGUCAUCUGUCACGGCGACUGCUGGAACAACAACUACCUCUUCAAAUACGGCAAGGAUGAUUCUAAACCUACGGGUGUGAUUCUUCUCGAUUUUCAACUGUCGCGAUAUUCGUCGCCAGUGCUCGAUCUGUCUUACUUCAUUGCUUCUUGCACUGACCACGCACUGAGAUGCGAACACUACGACCUCCUCUUAGCCAGAUACUACGACAGUUUGGCACGCUUCAUACGUCUGCUUGGCUCUGAUCCACAGAAGCUCUUUCCGCAGGAUGUGUUCCAGAACAAUAUUAAAUGGACCCUAGAGGAACUUGAUGUGAGAGUAUGGGGACUGGAUUGA